AUGGAUAGAAAAUAUAAAGAUACAUCCUCAGAAGAAGAGGAUUCAUUAAACGAGGAUGAAAUGGCUUGGAUUCCUUGGUAUUGCAAUUUAAAAGGAAAUGAAUUCUUUGCAACCAUUGACGAAGAUUAUAUAAAUGAUGAUUUCAAUCUUACUGGUUUAAGUUCAUUAGUUCAAUUUUAUGAUAGCGCUUUAGGAAUAAUUUUAGAUUCUGAUCCAGAUGACCCAUUAAGUGAAGAUCAACAAGAAGCAUUAGAAAGAUCAGCUGAUAUUCUUUAUGGUUUAAUUCAUGCAAGAUAUAUUUUGACACCAAAAGGUCUUGCACAUAUGCACGAAAAAUUUAAAAAAGCAGAGUUUGGCAGAUGUCCACGUGUUUUUUGUCAAAAUCAACCAGUCCUUCCAGUAGGUUUAGCAGAUAUGCAAGGUGUUGAUACAGUUAAAGUCUAUUGCCCAAGAUGCAAUGACAUUUUUAAUCCAAAAUACAGAAGACAUUCACAUAUUGAUGGUGCUUAUUUCGGUACCACUUUUCCACAUCUUUUAUUAAUUACUUACCCUGAAUUAAUUCCAACCAAACCACCACAACAAUAUAUUCCUAAAAUAUAUGGUUUCAAAAUUCAUAAAUCUGCAAGAGAACGUCAACUUCAAAUUCAACAAAAAAAGAAUAGUCUUUCAAAUAAUAAUCAAAAUAAUCAAAAUAAUAAUAUUAACAAUAAUAAUAAUAACAAUAACAAUAACAAUAAUAAUAAUAAUAAUAAUAAUAAUAACCAACAAAAUAAUAAUAACCAACAAAAUAAUAAUACAAAUAAAUAA